UCGCAUUCAAAUGAUGUUGUUGUUACUGAGUUGUAAAGUUGCCUUUCCAGUUCGACUGGUAGGUUAGGAGUGUUCUUGGUUUUCAGUGAUUAUGACUUAUCUAUUUACAGUAACACUGUUUUUCUAUCUUAUUUAGGCGCCAUGCAGACCCCUGAAGCAGGCGCUGACUCCACCUCCACUGUCCCUCUUCAGACCACCGUGCCUGUCCAGCCUACCGGCUCCACCCAGCAGGUGCCUGUCCAGCAACAGGCUCAGACUGUUCAACAGGUUCAGCAUGUUUACCCAGCACAGGUGCAGUAUGUGGAGGAGAACAGUGGCGUCUACACCAAUGGCAACAUAAGGACCUACUCGUACUCAGAGCCACAGCUGUAUAGCCAGAACAGUGGAGGGAGCUACUUUGACACACAGGGCAGCUCAUCACAAGUGUCCACUGUGGUGACAUCUCAUGGCAUGACCAACAAUGGAGGAGGGGGCAGUGGAGGAAUGAACAUGAAUCUGGCAGGGGGUCAGGUGAUCAGCACCAGUCCUGGGGCUUACAUCAUGGACAACGCUGGACCCCACCCUGCCACCCAGACAGCACGAGCUUCCCCAGCUACUAUUGAAAUGGCGAUUGAGACGCUCCAAAAAUCUGAGGGUUUAUCCAGUCAGAGAAGCUCGCUGCUCAACAGCCAUCUCCAGUGGCUGUUGGACAAUUAUGAGACAGCAGAGGGCGUAAGUCUACCACGAUCCACCCUCUACAAUCAUUAUCUGCGCCACUGCCAGGAGCAGAAACUGGACCCUGUAAAUGCAGCCUCUUUUGGCAAACUCAUCCGCUCCAUCUUCAUGGGACUCCGUACAAGGCGCCUUGGCACAAGAGGGAACUCCAAAUAUCAUUACUAUGGUAUACGUGUGAAACCAGACUCCCCACUCAAUAGACUCCAAGAAGACAUGCAGUAUAUGGCCCUCAGACAGCAACCUGUUCAGCAGAAACAGAGGUUCAAGCCGGUGCAGAAGUUUGAUGGCUGCUCUGGGGAGAAUUACUCAGGUGGAGGCCAGCACCAUCCGGGUGCAGAGGAGCAGACAGUCAUUGCACAGAGUCAACACCACCAGCAAUUCCUAGAUGCAUCACGGGCACUCCCUGACUUCAUAGAGCUGGACCUGGGACAGAGCAAUACAGAGAACAUCAGCCCGGAGGAUGUGAAAGCUCUCCAGUCCCUUUACAGAGAGCACUGUGAGGCUAUCCUGGAUGUUGUUGUCAACCUCCAGUUCAGUCUAAUUGAGAAGCUGUGGCAGACAUUCUGGCGAUAUUCUCCCCCUGACUCUGUAGAGGGUACCACUGUAACAGAAAACAGCAGCUUAAGUGAGAUUGAAGCGCGGCUGCCUCGUUCACAGCUGUUGGAACUGUGCAGAAAUGAGGCUGUACUCAAAUGGAUGAGCACCUGUGACCAUCUAAUGUACCAGGCCCUUGUGGAGAUCCUCAUUCCUGAUGUCCUGAGACCCAUUCCCAGUGCCUUGACUCAAGCCAUUCGCAACUUUGCCAAAAGCCUGGAAGGUUGGCUCAAUAAUGCCAUGAAUGCCAUUCCACAGAGAAUGAUCCAGACUAAGAUUGCCGCUGUUAGUGCCUUUGCGCAAACACUGCGCAGAUACACAUCUCUGAACCACCUGGCUCAGGCGGCACGUGCUGUUUUGCAAAACACAUCACAGAUCAACCAGAUGCUGAGUGAUCUCAACCGUGUUGACUUUGCCAACGUACAGGAGCAGGCGUCAUGGGUGUGCCAGUGUGAGGAGGGAGUGGUUCAGCACUUGGAGCAGGACUUCAAGGCCACACUACAGCAGCAGAGCUCUCUGGAGCAAUGGGCAGCCUGGCUGGAAAACGUGGUCACUCAGGUGCUCAAGCCUUACGAGCAUCGGCCAAGCUUCCCCAGGGCAGCUCGACAGUUCCUGCUCAAGUGGUCCUUCUACAGUUCUAUGGUGAUCAGGGACCUGACCCUGCGCAGUGCUGCCAGCUUUGGUUCCUUCCACCUGAUUCGUCUGCUGUACGAUGAGUACAUGUUUUACCUGGUGGAGCAUCGUGUGGCACAGGCUACUGGAGAGACACCCAUUGGUGUCAUGGGGGAGUUCGACAGCAACACCCUGUCCCUCACUAACAUCGAUAAAGAUGAAACGAGUGGGAUGGACAGUGACUUAGAAGACGACACAGAGGAGACCGGGGAGCCUCUUGCCAAGCGAGAGAAGUCAGAGCAUGAGGUGAUCCAGGUGAUCCAGGUUGGGGCACUAGAGGACGGGUCCCACCCUGUGGUUGGUGUCGUCCAACCAGGCGUCCUCCACUCGCUGCCCCAGCCCCCGCAGGACCACACUGAGCACAUCCUAACCCCCUCAGCCGGUACGCCCACCAUCCGCCACUGCAGCGCCACAGGCAACACCUACGCCUCCGUUUGAGUGUCUGAGGGCAUGGCCAACAUAGAGUGGCCUGUUUUUGCUAUCUCACUCUCCACAUAUCUUUCUCUCUGUAAGUCUAGCUGUUUCCGUCUUUCUCAUGCAUUGUCUCUGUCUGCACUUGUGUGGACACGCUCUCCUCUCCCUAUCUAGCCCCGGUCAGUAGCGAGGGGGAGUGCUGAAAUGAUGGUACUCUGACCGAAAUGUGCUGUCCGUGUCUGACUGCUUAGAAUCUGGAUGUGGUGUCAUCCCAUGAGUCUGUGCUCUAUCGUAAUGCGGCAGCUGGAGGAGGACUAAUUUGACCCGUGAAAUGUUUCCUGCCUAGGCAUGACUUCUCUGUCUGUCUAUACAGACGGGUUUGUCUUGGAAAGGAAAAUUCUACUCUCUUUCAAACUACUGAUGUCUCAGAGCUCAAAUCCAUGUCACUAGUCCCAGUGGAGCAAAGUCAUCGAUUGACUCAAGACCUUCACCUAUUGUAAAUAUUUUUGCUGUACUUUCAAUUGGUAUUACCCAAAACUCAUGGUGCUAUCAUUGUGUUUUGUAUUAAUUUCCAUUUAUCCCUCCUAAUUUUAGCAUGAUUUAUGUCUACAUGCAUUCCAACUGCUGGAAAACGUUUGGCUGAACAAAAUAUUUUGAGUAUUGUAUGUAGCUAAAAAACAAAGGGAGGACUUUCUAUGUAUGUAUGGCAUUUGGAAAAAAGGAUCAUGGGGCAGUUUUUUCUGUUCUGUUUGAAAAUUAUAUGGUAGCCACCCACUAAAAAACACUCAUAGAUUUUAGCCACAGAAAAAGAAACCCUUAAAGAAUUAUCUGUGCUGCUACUUGUGUAUAUAGAAAUGAGAUUGAGAAGACCGGCUGUACAAAAACCACUUCUUCGAUGCUAGCUUUUCUAUGCACUCUGUGCAUAAUGCUUGCCUUUGUUCAUUUUAGAUGCUCUGUAGUGUGGUUUACGUGACCGGCUGUAAUCUUGAAAACAACUCGCUGGACAUGUUCCCGUUUUUUUUUUUUUUUUGCAGUUUCUGUCUUAAUGAAAAUUCUUAAGUUCACAAAAGGACCAAAAACUAACCAACAAGAGGAAGCUGAGAGGGAGCCACUUGGGCCACCCGAGAGCUGUUUCCUGUCCCACAGUGCCAUGUUGCAGAAAAGAAGGAAUGUCAGGGAUUUAAUGUACCUCGGCUUUAUCAUAGUGCCUUAUCCUUAAAUGCAGCUGUCCUUGUAGUCCUGACUGUGUGCUGUAGAGAGCCCACAGCCCCUCUGCAUUGUCCCAGCCACACAUUUGGCUUUCUGGUGACUCGUGGCUGGAUUUGGGCUGGCUCAUCAGUGUUGAGACCAAGGGAUGCAGGCACAGACACACCUGUUGUUUUCUCUGGAUCAGCUCUACUAAGCUUAUUAUCUGAAUCAUGGUCUUUAGCCUUGCUCCUGCCCUCACUCUGCCCUCUUGAGGCCUAUUCUUGCAUUAGCCUUUGUCAUCGGGUGAAAUGUGUGUAUGUGUGAACACGGAUGCAUAGGUCAGCACUGUGUUUUUUAAUGUGCAUGUGUAUAUAAGCCUGUGUGUCUGCGUGCUUGUGUUGGAACACAUCCAUCAGUCACCCUACCUCAAACCAGUGGUGCCAGCCCUUUGACGCGUGCAGCACAGUCACCAAACCUUAUUGCACACACACCACUGUACUGCACAAAUCUCAACGCGAUGGAGAAAAACUGCAUUGCUUUUCUCUCACCUCUGAUACAUUUACAUUUCAGUUUUUAGCCCAUAAAAAUGCUUUCAUCCUUUGUUCCCUGUUUAAAGAUCAUCUUUGUACAGUGGACCAAAAGUAGAUAUUUUGUGAUAUUCAAAGAGAUAUAUAGAUAUAUAUGUAUAGUAUAUAUAAUGAUGAUACACUACAUAUAUUUGUUGCUUUAUAUGUGAUUGUUUCUUUUCGUAGCUCCUCUGUAAUUAGUUCAUAGACUGUGAAAUGGGAAAGGCAUGGGGACUAACUUCUGAUUCAUUAGACUACAUCUAUACUUGAACUGUUAUAGCAUUCUAUGUUGUGGAGAUUAUUGAGAUUAAUCCUCUAAAUAGGAACAUUUUGUUACUAAAAUGAUUUUUUGUUAUUGUUUUUCAUGCUUGUUGAAAUGGUCUGCACGAUUUCUUUGCAGAAAUGUUUUAUUUAUUGAUAUUUAUUGUGUUUUGGUUUGGAUGCUUACCCAUUACAGCAUAUUUUAAUGGGUACUGAUAAUGAAUCAUGAAUUAUACCACUGCAAACUGCAGACCUACUGUACAGAAGGACCAGAUGGUUUUUUUGUAGUUUUGUUUUUUUCUUUUUAAGUCAUGUUUGUGGGUUGAUUAGGGUUGGCACUGUAUUUGCUGUUAUCACUUCCUUUAAGCUCUAUCACUAGUCGAAUGAUUCUUUCAGAAACUACAAGUACACUGGAUCUUUGCCAAUUUUUUUCUUUGUGCCUGUUUAGAGAACCUACUUCGCAGUAAAGGAGGGUGGGAGAGUGCAAAUACUGUGCGUCAUUUGGGUUUCUGAGUCGGUGAACUCACAGAUGUUUUGUUAAAUCAUUUUCAUGCCAAUUUGGGGAAUCUGAAAAGUAAAUUCCAGCAACCCCAAACACACAUUCCUCAUCGAUUUUAAACUUGCGGUACACAUCUCCUACUGUAGCCUUACCGAGUCUGUCUGGCUUACCAGGUCUAGGAAUUGAGCGCACACAAAUAUUUCCUUUAACAUUGCUGAAGAACAGUUAGAAAAGUCUGCAAGAAAAGGUCAAUGAACUUUAAGUAGCUGUAAGUUGAAGGCCUGAGGCAUUUUGUUUACAUCAGUCUGUGACCAUAAUGAACUUGCUCCAUGACUUUUGCUAUUAAAUGCAAGUUGGGAGAACACGGAGAAAAAGUAAUGAAAAUGUCCGUUAUGAAUGAAUGCAUACAAAAACUUAAGCCCCAGAUCAUCUCUUCUACUUUUCUCCAAAGCUGCACAUCUGUGUUCUCAUAAUAGCUGCAACAAAAUGAAUUCCCUUCCCGAGAGCUCACUUGACUGACUCCAACAUGCACUGAAUUUUUGAGAAUGACGUUAUAAAAAAAUGAUGGGGUUUUGUCCGCGACUUCAAAUUUUAAAUUAUGUUGUAAAUCUGGAUCGUGUGUGCCGGUUAGGACUGAAGGUUUUGCAGGAUUCUUUUUCUUGCCUGGGGCAUUUUUACCAUUUUCCCACUGAAAUAUUUUUUUCUUUUCCAAAUAUGAAUCCCAGCUCCCUUGUCAGAUGAAUUAAGUACAACAUUGUAAACUUGUAUUAUUUUGUGCCUGAAGUGAAAAUGGCUUAUAAAAUGUUUUCUUUAAAUCUUAAUUGUGUGCUUUAGGAUCAUAAGUGCUUUCUGGUCUUGCACGCCUACCAUGUGCUGCUAGAAAUUGUUUGUUUUUUUUUGUCAAUUUUGGUUGUUUCCCAUUUUAUUAUACAUAGACUUAAUGUGCCAGACAGUGAUUUAGCUUUCUGCAUCUCAAAGCCUGCCUGGUUAACACUGGACUGAUGCUAAUGCUGCCAACACAAUUGUACUUUUUUUUUCUCAGUGUCUUUGAAAUCGAGAAGUAAGAUUGUUUUUGUAACAGCUGUUUGCAAAGGAGCCUGUUUCCGACCAGAAAAAAAAAAAAACAUAAGCUAUCCCUUAACUUGUCAUAGGAGCGUAAGCUAAGAGAUGCCUCUUCACCUGGACAAAACGGCAGCUUCACUGACCCAUAGCAGACUCCAGUGCCUUUAAUUUCGCCCCGGCCAGAGCAGAUGGCCUGGGUGACUAUUGGGUCUCUGGUGGGCUACAGAUAGAGGCUAUCAGAGCAGACAUUUCAUUGCACAGGUGCUGCCACUGAGAAGACACCAGGGAAGCAUAAAGACCUGUCCUCAGACUGGACUAUUUAUUUACUGGAUGUGACGCCACACAGACACACACACACAUACAUAGUAGUUUACACAUGAUAGAUUACCUGCAGACGGCUUUUUAUUGUACAGAACUGGUUAAUGAACAAGGAGAGUUACUGUAAGUAAAAUGCUCUCUUAUGAAUUGUUUUCUCAUGAUCGUGAUUUCUUUUGUCAAAUGAUAUUUUCUGAAUGCUGUGACCUGUUUGAGAUUUGUAUUUGGAUGUUUUUAAGUGCCAUUUGACAGUCUAGUGAGUCGUGGCCAUCUGUAGCACGCUCUAAUGCAAGCACAAGCAUUUGGCAGUGGCAUUUGGGAAGGUUUUUAUUUUGAGUCACCCUAGACAAAAAUAUGUAAAUAUCAAAAACUAAAAAAGGUAUAUUUAUU